AUGUCUACAUCGUACCGAAAACAUUUUCUCCCGCUGGAAUCAAACCCGGACGUAUUCAAUAGACUGAUCCGCUGUCUUGGCACCUCUCAUCAUCUCGAGUUCCAAGAUGUUGUAUCACUGGAUGAUCCAGACCUGCUACCCCACCCAGCACUCGCCUUGAUUCUGGUCUUCCCUACGACUGACCGAUAUGAGGAGGAGCGGGCGCGCGAAGACGCGGCACACAGCCAUUCCGAGGCAGAUAACGAGGACAUCAUGUGGUUUAUGCAAACCAUCAACAAUGCAUGUGGACUCUAUAGCAUCCUCCAUGCGCUCAGCAACGGGCCCGCACGGGAUCUCGUCGGUCACGGAUCAUUCUUUGCCUCUCUAAUCGGCGACUGCUCCUCCCUGUUGCCGCACGAGCGAUCUGUGUACCUUGAGAAUUCGGUCGAACUUGAGCGUGUGUAUAAACAGGUUGCGGUCGAAGGGAUAUCAGAAGUGCCAGAGAACGCCGAGGACGAGGUGGACUAUCAUUUUGUGUGCUUCGUCCAAUCUCAUAGGAACGGGCAUUUGUACGAACUGGAUGGUGACCGGAAGGGCCCUCUUGAUAGGGGUCUGGUACUCGGGCCCGGAGACGACAUGCUCGCUAUGGGUGGACUGGGUGUUGUUCGCGAGUACAUCGAACGAGAACAGGGCAAAUGUACCUUUGGACUCAUGGCCCUGGUAAACACGGGACAUUCUUCAUGA